AUGGGCGAUAGGAGAAAAUUACACGGAGAAAUUGAACGUUGCCUUAAAAAAGUAACGGAAGGUGUGGAUACAUUUGAUGAUAUUUGGCAAAAGGUUCAUUCAGCACCAAAUCAUAAUCAAAAAGAUAGAUAUGAACAAGAAUUAAAAAAAGAAAUAAAAAAAUUACAACGUUUACGUGAUCAAAUUAAAGUAUGGAUGUCAUCAACAGAAAUCAAAGACAAAAAACAAUUACAAGAAGCAAGAAAAAAUAUCGAACAAAAAAUGGAAAAAUUUAAAAUUGUUGAACGAGAAACAAAAACAAAAGCUUAUAGUAAAGAAGGUUUAGGUGCAGGACAAAAACUUGAUCCACAAGAAAAAGAAAAAGAAGAAUGUACACAAUGGAUAACGGAAGCCAUACAUGAAUUGAAUAUUCAAAUUGAUAAAUUUGAAGCUGACAUUGAAACAGUAUCUGCAUCAUUAAAGAAGAAAAAAUCUGACAAAGAAAAAUUAGAACGUCUUGAAGAAACAAAACAUUCAAUUGAAAGACAUAAAUUUCAUAUUGAAUCACUUGAAAAAAUUCUACGUGCUAUUGAUAAUGAUGCACUUGAUCUUAAACCAAUACAUAAUUUACGUGCCGAUAUUGAAUAUUAUAUAGAAUCAAAUCAAGAAUCAGAUUUUAAAGAAAAUGAAUUAAUGUAUGAAGAAAUUGAUAUGGAUAAUUUAACAACAAUAUUGGCACCAGUUAUAGCUGUACCAACAACACAAUCUCAUCCUCUAUCAUUAUCAAAUGGUAAUAGUAAUAGUUUAAAUUCAAAUACAACAACAUUAGCUGAUAUAAGUGCACCAACAUUAAACAUACAUUCACAUUCAUCAACAAAUAAUAUAUCUGAACGUACAGCAGCAUUUUUUACAAAUUCAAAUCAUGGUGAUAAUGAAUCAACAAUGAGUUUAACAACACCAUCAUCAACACAACCAAGUUCACCAACUGCUAGUCCGGCUUUAUCAGCAAUUGAUGAUCGAAAACGAAAUAAAUCCGAUUCGGAAGAUAAUCAAUCACAACGAAAUCGAACAAAUUCAGGUGCCAAUGGUUCAACAACAAAUAUUACUUAUGGAUCUUCACCAAAAAAUCCUCUUAUACAUCAACAAUCAUCAUCAACAAAAACACCAUUAUCAUCAGCAUCUGUAUUAUCUGCAAGUGCACCAACACAUUUUACUUAUCCAACAACACCACCAGCAACAACAACAACAACACAACCUGUUUUACAAUAUUCAACAAUUGUUUCACAAAAUACAAUACCAUCAACACCAAUAACAAGUAAUAAUUCGAUAUCUAAACAACAAAAUAUAUUUUCACCACAAACAAAACAAAUGUCAAGACAAACAUCAAUUAAUAAUAAUGAUUCAACAGUUAUCACAAGUUCAAGUCAAUCAAUACCAUCAUCAUCAUCAUCAUCAACAACAACAACAAUAACAAAUUCAAUAUCAAAUAGUUCUCAUCCACCUUCAUUAUUAACAAAUAAUGAUCGUACCGGUCUAUUAAAUCAACAUAUUCUUAGUAAUAUAUCUCAAAUAAAUACAUCAUCUUCAACAACAUCAUCAUCAUCAUCAUCAUCAUCAUCAACAGUAACAUUAGCUAAUGGUACAAUAAUUCCAUCAUCAUUAUAUACUGGUUCAGGACCAACAUUAUCAAAUUCAAACAUUCCUCUUGAAUUAUUAUCAACACCUAAUAUUGAUUCAACAAUUAAUUCUCAACAAUCUUCAUUACUUUCUCGUACAAUAUCCGAUAACGAACGUUCAAUAAAUCUACCAUCAACAUCAUUAAUGACUAACGGUUCGUCAGAUGGACAUUCAUUACUUGAUACAAAUAAUUUUCCAAAUCUUUCAACAACAACAUCAGCAACAACAACGACAACAUCGUCAUUUUUAACAAAUACUAAUAAUCCAAAUGAUUUAUCAUCAACAAAUAAUAAUGUUAUUGGUCAUCUACCAGAUCAUCAUACAUUUCGAUAUUUAUUAUCACCAUCAAAUCAACAAUCUAUUCAAACAAAUCGUGUUCCAUUAACACCAGCAGAGAUGCGAAUGCUUAAUAGAUUAAAUUCAGCUUACGCGAAACUACCAUCAUUAUUAGAAUCUGAACGACAAAGAACAAAUGCAAAUCGUAUUUUUGGACGAAAUCCACUUGGACAUUCACAAAUGAUUUCAUAUUAUCCUCAAACACCACCAACAGGUUGUGAUACACCAGAAUUUUAUUAUCGUUUAGCACCGGAUACAUUAUUCUUUGUUUUUUAUUAUAUGGAAGGAAGUCGUGCACAAUAUUUAGCUGCUAAAGCAUUAAAACGACAAUCAUGGCGUUUUCAUACAAAACAUAUGAUGUGGUUUCAACGACAUGAAGAACCAAAAACAAUAACAGAUGAUUAUGAACAGGGUACAUAUAUAUUUUUUGAUUAUGAACGAUGGCAAACACGUAAACGAGACAAUUUUAUAUUUGAAUAUAAAUUUUUGGAAGAUCGCGAAUUUUAA